GUUCCUUCUCGCUGUCAGUAAACAGUCAUUUCGAGUGCCUUCUAAGCUGAAGAAUGGAGAGACUUUCACUGAUGAUGGUUGUGUGUUUGCUUGCCGGUCUAUCUGAUUGUCAGACCAGAGGAGCGGAGACCCAAGUCACUGAGCUGACACAUGAAGACCUGAAUGAUACCGGGGUAGAGAAGGAUGCUCCCCAAAAUCUAAACCAAGAGCUAGAGACACCAGCCACUUUGAAAAAAAACUCAACAACAACCCAGCUGACCUGUGAACCACCCAUCUACACAGUGCUGAAGGAGCUGGGGGCUCUGGAAGAAAGGCUUGCAGCUACUGUGAGAGCCCUGGAGGAGACAAACAAAAAGCUGGAGGCCAGUGAGAGGAAGCUGUCUGCACUUGACAGCAAGGUGACUGAACUCGGUACAGUGGAUCAAGGGCAGAAUCGGGUUGCAUUUUCUGCUGCACAUCCAGUACAGGGCACCAUCGGUCCUGUAAAUGUUGGUCAUGGUCUAGUGUACGAUAAUGUUCUGUCCAACAUUGGAGGACAUUACAGCCCAGUCACAGGUUAUUUUACGGCACCAGUGCGAGGAGUCUAUUAUUUCACCUUCACUUCCUUUAACUGGGCAAAUGAUGGAGCCUCUGGUGGCAGUUUGUACCGAAAUGGAAACCACAUAGUGUCAUGGUAUGCUUCUACUCAAACUAAGGCCAUCCCUGGAUCUAACAGCGCCAUCUUGCAGCUAGAUGUUGGAGACAAAGUCAAUGUUCGUCUUUGGGCAAAUUAUAAGAUCAGUGAUAAUGGAUCAAGGUACUGCUCAUUCAGUGGAUUUUUGAUUUUCCCUGUGUGAGGUGCAUUAAUGUGAUUUCAUACGGGUCAAACCUUUAAUAGAGGUGAAAAGAUCACACAGUGUGAUAUGACUUUC